UCAGAAGCUGUAUAACUAUAAAGGAGUAAAUAGCUGCACCACUGGACGGGGACAAUCUUCACUUUGCAUUCACAGAAUCAGGAAACAUUAUUCAAUUUUGGAUACUUGUGAUUCUUGAGAAAAGAGACCAAUGCACAGUGUAGAUAAUUCGGGAGACUGGAUCUGAAUGAACAGUCAAAACACGUCUUCUUAAAUCCUUCCUAACUUUAGUUUUGGAACAAAAUCUCUCAAUUUUCAUUGCUUAUCAUCAUGCUUUUGAUAGUGAAGAUACUGCAGGCACCAGGAAAGGAGUGUAGAAUAGAGGUAACAGAUGUUGAGUCAAUUGUCUCAGUGAAGCGUAUGGUGGCCAGAGAAUUUGAUGUGCCUGUCCAUCUUCAAAGACUAGUGUUCCGAGGAAAAACAUUAGCAGAUGGACAGAGUCUUGAUUUUUACAAGAUAGGCCCGGAACCAAGAUUCAUCUCGUUGUGCGUAGACCAGAGAUAGAUGCAGACCCAACCAGUGCGAAUACUUUAGGCAACUGCACAGCUCUUUGGGAUCAUGUGUCAACGAUUCUCGCUAGACAUUUUACAAGUUCCGACGCAGAACAGAUACUAGAAUCUUUCAAGAAAGAAUUCUCUGUAAACAUGGCCAACCUGAGUCUGGAUGACAUAGAGAGGAUAGCACAGUCCAAGCUUGAGGCCUUAGAUAGAGCUGGACCAUCUAGCUAGAACCUACUCACCUUUACAUCAUUAUCAUUCGUAAGGGGAGGCAGGAAGCCGCAGUCUGUUGUCAUGGUGACCAUCUUUUGGACAAAUAGGAGCUCUGAUGUACUUGAGGAGAUUCUUCAAUGCUGACUGUGUGUUUGUAAAAGACAUUUGAACUGGCGACGUGGCACGAUUGGCCUACAGCUGUAUCUCUAGGCUAUCAAAUGGUACUAACAGUUGCAAGAGAAUACUGGAAUCCUAAUUUUAUUCACACAUGAGAGUGUGAGAACAAAUCCAUGGUUUGAUGAGUAUUCAAAUUAGGAAGAAAGAACUGAUUGUAUGUCAUCGGUUGAACAUGGAGUUGGAGUGCAAUGGUUGAAUACAUGCCUUCUAUAGUCUUCUUCAUUUUUUUUUUUUUAACAAUCCUUUGCUUGGUGUUGAGAACAAAAUAUGUAACUGUAUUGUGGUCACCAAUAUUCUUUAAGGUAUAAGAGAGAAUAGUAAGUGAGCAGGUAUGUUUCUUA